CGAAUUUUCACUCAAAUAGCGCAAGGUACUCGCACAGAUCGCAUUUUCAAGCCUUCAUCUCGCGUAAAAUUCAUUUUGAACUUUGCCAUCGCCAGUUCUUCCGUUCCUCUACCUUUUACGCUUUGACUGUGAUCGAAUUCCUUCAUCCCGCCGUGUUUCCCAGUACAUUCUAAACGUCCGCGAUUCUCAGGUAUGUCCUUCGCUGAAGAAAUAGCCGGCAUGGCGUAUGUUGAUGGUGGUUCUUGAUCGCAGAAGGCCGGUGGAUGAGCGUACUCGCUCAGUGCUGUGGUGCUGUCGUAAAACAAAAGACACACGGUUUUCGGUGUCAACAAAUUUUUUUAAGUAGGUGUACAAGGUUUUAUUUCAAGUUUGUUGCGUAAAAUAGGUGAAAAAAAACGCUUUUUUUGUGGGUGAUAAGUUAUUUUCGCGCGUGUGUGUUUGGUUUGGUUUGAAUCGUAUCGUACAGGAGUGAAAUGGAUCGUAUCGUACAGGAGUGAAAUAGUACGAAAAUUCGGUAUUUUUUUUGGUGUUUGGAAUAUGUGAUAAAUCUGGUGAUUAGUGAAUUGUUGUAGCAGUGCGAGAAAUAGCAGGGAUUGGUGAAUUUGGCGAUCUGCAGGAUAGGGAUAAGAAAGUACGCGAGGAAUGUGAUUAAAGAAUAGAAUGUCGAAUGGCUCCUCAACCCCCCGCAGCAUCGCGCGCCCUUUUGCGCCGCCGCGAUGAGCUCCCCGGGGGGCGGCGGCGGGGAACCAGGCGCCGCCGCCCGCGCAGCCGCCUCUUCCGGCGACUGCGCAGCCCUCUCGCGUCUCCUACCCGCGCGAGGACCCGCCCGCUUUACUCGCGAUGCUCUGGGGCGCACCGCCAUCCACGCGGCGGCGGCCAACGGUCGCGCGCAGGCGCUGCGCAUGCUGCUGGCCGUGGCUGCGCCGCAGGAAGUUGAUGCGCCGGACGGGGCGGGUUGCUCGGCGCUGCAGCGCGCCGCUGCUGACGGCCACGAGGAGGCGGUGAGGGUGCUGGUGGCCAAGGGAGCGAGGGUGGACACCGUGGAUACUAUGCUUAGGCCAGAAGGCGUCUCACCUCUGCACCUGGCCUGUCAAAACGGCCACAAUCAGUCCUGCAGGGAGUUGCUGCUUUCUGGAGCCGAUCCUGAUUUAAGGAAUGGAUAUGGGGAUACCGCUCUGCAUACUGCUGCUCGCUAUGGGCAUGCGGGUGUAACAAGAAUAUUAAUAUCAGCAAAGUGUAAAGUAUCAGAAAGAAACAAGAAUGGCGAUACGGCCCUGCACAUAUCCGCCGCGAUGGGCCGCAGGAAACUGACCAGGAUCCUGCUCGAAGCGGGUUGCGACAAGACCGUCAGGAACAAACAGGGUGAAACAGCCAGAGACAUAGCUUUCAGAAAAGACUUAGGGGAGAUUAUCGAUAUUUUGGACGAUAACAACACCAGGGAGGGAAGACGGAGUAAAAAGGACAAGGGAGGUAAAAGGAGGUCGAAGAGUAAGGUUAGGUUCGAGGGAAGACAGCCCAAAGAAGCAAAAGACGUGGUAGACAUCUCCAUUACCGAAACCGUCAAAUCAUCCCCAGGCAAACACUGGUCACCGUACGGCUGCCACUACUACCCGGACCCAGAAGCAUUCCCAUCCCCCAACCUAGACAGCCUGCCUUCAGAACCCCUGAAAAAAGGCGAACAAUACUACCUAGACUUAGCAGGAAACAUCAGGAAAGGUCCAGUAGGCGUGGGGUACACUUGCUACUGCGCACCUUUGUUCAGGCAUCUGGAAGCCAGGCUGGAACGGGACAAGCGUGAGCUGUUGAGGGCCCAAGUGAGAUUAGGACAGCGAGUGGCGGGAUUGGAGCAGAAGAUCAGUAGGGGAGGUCAAGGUAGGAGGUCGGAGAGGGUUAUUAGUAUGAGCAAGGAGCAGGAGCCUCAGUUGCCGAGGUCGAGGAGUCUGGAGAUGUUGGAUAAAGGGGAGAAGAAUUCACUUCAACCAACGAGGAGCAUGGAUGAGCUGGAAAACCAUGCAGAUGACUCAGGAGCUAGACCAUCAGUCAAAGAACUGGUCGCUAGAAUACAGCAGCAACAGCAAAACAGACACGAUGGACCUCACAGUGAAAGCAGUGAUGACGAAGACAGCCCUUUGAGGAUACCAUCUAGAAAAGGACCAAUGGGUGAUUCAAAUUUAGUACAAGUGCCUCUAGGACACACUCCAGGCCCUGUAAGGAUAGGGCACUACGAAAAUGUGCCCGGAGAUGCCCCACCAAGGAGUAGAAGUGGAGUGUACAGCCCUACAGUGGAUACAGGCAUGGUGGACUCCAGUAAUCGCUACAUAGAGCCUAUAGUCAAAAUACAAGAAGCCGGUGUAAGGUACAACGACUCCUACCCAAAAUUCCCCCAAGCCAGCACGAGCAAGUACGAUCCCAUGAACCCCUACCAACCGGAAAUGCGCUACGUCGACCCGGGGGGCUUCCAACCCCACCACUACUACGAAGAAGACCAAAUUCCCGCCCCCACCACCAAAUUCUACGACCACUCGAUCUCCGCGCGGUUGGCCAAACUGCGCGUGCUCGACAGUUCCAAGGGCUACCCCGAUUCAAAAAACCCGAUAGAGGGGUCGUCCAGGAUGCUCGACCCCAACCAUUUGCUGGACAAUCCCCACGACACGAUAGACAGGGACACCAACAAUGACUCGGGGUACUCCACGAAAGUUUACGGGAGUUCCAAAGGCAACUCGCCCAGUUUGAGCGGACAGAUCGAUGGGGAGUGCUUGGGGGCGAGUAGUUUAGUGUAAAAGAUUGGGGCUGUUGGUUGGUUGAAAACUAUGGAGAAGACAGUGAUGAUCAUGUUGAUUGGUUCAGUCAAAAUGUAAAGUAUGUCCAACGAGUUAGGUACUAUUUUGACAGACGACAGUCAAAAAAUGACAGAAAUUUCAAUUUAAUUGUGAAUUAAAAUGACAGAUAACUGUUGCUGUCAUAUAUCUUCUCGUUGGACAUACUUACUAGUUUAUGUUGUUACUACAGAACAUUUAUUAAAGAUGUGCAAAUCACUUAAAAUAUUUGUAUUCUUCCUGCACUAAGCAUGGUCUACAGCUUGUCAGAAGGAGUAAAAACACUGAAGGAGUAGAAUAGCAACAGAAUUAGCGAGACUACGAAAUCACUUACCCUUUAUUUUUACCCUUACUUCGUUGUCCUUCAUCAUUACCCUCCCAUUUAACACUGACACUUACCCUUUACUUAAUAGUAGGGUAAGUGUCGGGGUAGAUGGUAGUCUAAUUGCAAAAGGUAACUUUAUAAAUAAUAAUAAUAUGAUGGUAAAGGGUAUCAAAAUAUACUUUAUGACCUUUUACGAAGUCACUUACCUUUUGCUUUAGCCCGUUGUCCUUCAUCAUUACCCUACCAUUUAACCUGACACUUACGCAUUACUUAAUAGUAAAGGGUAAGUGUCGGGGUAGAUGGUAGUCUAAUUGUGAAAGGUAACUUUAUAAAUAAUAAUUAUAUGGUGGUAAAGGGUAUCAAAAUAUAUUUUAUGACCUUUUACGAAGUCACUUACCUUUUACUUUAGCACGUGGUCCUUCAUCAUUACCCUACCAUUUAACCUGACACUUACGCGUUACUUAAUAGUAAAGGGUAAGUGUCGGGGUAGAUGGUAGUCUAAUUGUGAAAGGUAACUUUAUAAAUAAUAAUAAUAUGGUGGUAAAGGGUAUCAAAAUAUAUUUUAUGACAUUUUACGAAGUCACUUACCUUUUACUUUAGCACGUGGUCCUUCAUCAUUACCCUACCAUUUAACCUGACACUUACGCGUUACUUAAUAGUAAAGGGUAAGUGUCGGGGUAGAUGGUAGUCUAAUUGUGAAAGGUAACUUUAUAAAUAAUAAUAAUAUGAUGGUAAAGGGUAUCAAAAUAUAUUUUAUGACCUUUUACGAAGUCACUUACCCUUUACUUUAAGCCCAUUGUCCUUCAUCAUUACCCUACCAUUUAACCUGACACUUACGCUUUA